AUGAAACUUCAACUCCAACACUUACUGUCAUUCCCUCCUGCAGGGCUGAGGUGCAUCACAUACAAACAGAGACAGGCGAAAGAGAGACUUGGAGCAAAAAAAAUAGACUUCCUCCUAUCUGUUAUUGGGUAUGCAGUGGAUCUAGGCAAUGUAUGGAGGUUUCCUUAUAUCUGUUACCAAAAUGGAGGAGGAGCUUUUCUCAUUCCUUAUGUGAUUAUGGCUGUGUUUGGUGGAAUUCCUCUGUUUUAUAUGGAGCUGGCUCUGGGUCAGUAUCACAGAAAUGGCUGUAUUUCUGUAUGGAGAAAAAUAUGUCCAUUAUUUAAGGGAAUUGGUUACGCUAUCUGUAUAAUAGCACUUUAUGUAGCAUCUUAUUACAACACCAUUAUGGCCUGGGCUCUCUACUACCUCAUAUUUUCAUUCCGAUCUGAGCUGCCUUGGACCAGCUGCCGCAACGAGUGGAACACAGACAACUGCACCAAUUAUUUCCACAACAGCAGUGUAACGUGGAUCAAUAGCUCUAUCUCACCAGCAGAGGAGUUUUACACCCGGCUGGUGCUUCAGAUACAUAAGUCAAAAGGUCUACAGGAGCUAGGAGGGAUCAGCUGGCAGCUCUCGCUCUGUCUUCUUCUUAUCUUCACUGUGGUUUAUUUCAGCAUAUGGAAGGGAGUCAAGACAUCUGGAAAGGUGGUCUGGGUUACUGCAACAUUUCCAUACAUUGUACUUACACUGCUUCUAAUCCGAGGGGCCACACUGCCAGGUGCCUGGAGGGGAGUUCUCUUCUACCUGACGCCCACAUGGGAGAAGCUGCUUACUACUGAGGUUUGGGUGGAUGCAGCUGCACAGAUAUUCUUCUCGCUGGGCCCAGGAUUCGGUGUGUUGCUGGCCUUUGCUAGCUACAAUAAAUUUCACAACAACUGCUACCAGGAUGCACUGGUGACAAGCACUGUGAACUGCUUGACCAGUUUUAUGUCAGGUUUCGUCAUAUUCACUGUCUUGGGAUAUAUGGCUGAAAUGAGGAACCUAGAUGUUUCUGAAGUGGCCAAAGAUACAGGCCCCAGUCUGCUGUUCAUCACCUAUGCAGAGGCCAUUGCCAACAUGCCAGCAUCCACCUUCUUUGCCAUUAUAUUCUUCCUGAUGUUGAUUACACUGGGGCUGGACAGUACGGUGAGUAAACCACUUUCUUUACUUUCAUUACAAGAACUUUACACUGCCUAG